UGUCCGUUUGAACUUCAAAAAAAGGGUCCCCCACUCUCCCCUCCUCUCUUCCUACAUUUCCUUCCAUCCCCUCAAUUCUGAAAUCCCCUCUUAAAAAGCAAAAGUUGAGAAUCAAUGAGAAUAACAUCCCACCAUUUCUGAAUAAAGUUCAAUUCUUGAGAUUCUCAUUAUUUCACACUCCCAUCACUUUAAACUUCUUUUCUUAAACAGUGCAAGAAUAUUUACACUUCUUUUACUCUUCUUUCUUUCUUUAUUUUUUUGUAGACUCCAACCAAAUACUCAUCAUUCCAAAGACCCCUUUUUCCUCACUUCCCUGUGACUCAGAGAAUGUUAUAAAGAAAAAGCCCAAAAAAUGUUCCAUUUGUCUCUUCAUUCUUAUGCCAAUUGACCAAAAUCUUCACUUUAUUUUUCUUCCCUUUUUACACCGUUUGUUUAUAGUAUAUUCUGAUCAAGUUCACUCUUUUUCCUUUUCAAGAAUCAAAGAGGACAAAAUCUCACUUUUUUUUUUUUGAAUGUUUGAUUGAAAUGGGUGGGGGAGGAAGAGUAGAGGUGGUAAGUAGCAAAGGGUGUUCAAAGAUGUUAGUUGAUUUGUCCUCUUCAUUCAGAGGGAUUCCAUUGGAACCCUUUAUGUCUCCUGCUUCCUCUUCCUCUUUUAUGUCUCAAUCAAUACUCACAACUCCAUCCAAUACUCCAUUUUCUGGACUUGUUAUCUGUGUUACUGGACUUUCUAAAGAAUCUAGGAAGCAAGUGAUGGAAGCAACAGAGAGAUUAGGUGGUAAAUACAGCCCACAUUUGCACCCUCAAUGUACCCAUCUGGUGGUUCAGAGUUUUACUGGACGAAAGUUUGAGCAUGCCUCAAAACAUGGUUUAAAAAAUGGCCUCCUUGUUGUUUCAUUGGCAUGGUUUGUGGAUAGCGUGAGAAGGAACGUGAGGCUGAGUGAAUCCCUUUAUAGCGUUAACGGUGUUGGACAAGGUGGUUCCUCUGUAGAUGAUAUCGAUGGGCUUGUUCAGAAAGCUAGCAGGCAGCAUUCAUGUCUUCCUGUUGCAUUGCCUGAACAUAGCAAACCACCUGACAUGAUUGAAGAGCCACUAAAGCACGCUGAAAGAGAACCUAAGCGAAGGACUCUGUUUGGUCAUACCUUUUAUGUUGAUCCAGAUGUUUCCGAUGAGCUGCAUAGUAAGGUCAUCGAAUCUGCAGCAGCAGAAGGUGCUAAUUUUGUCAAACAGUGGUUUGUUGGUUGCAGUGCGAGUCAUGUAGUCUGCGAAGGAAACUCAAUUCGGAAAUACCUUGGUCAUUCCUCUAACAUUGUUACACCGCUAUGGGUUCUGAAGAGUGCGAAGGAAAAGCGCCUGCAAAGGCUUGUUCAUACAUCUGGUGAUUUGGCUAGGCAAACUGGGAUAUUGCUUGAUGGCAUUCAAAAUACAAUUUAUAGCAAGGAAGUCAUUGCUGGUUGUUAUCUUCGAGAUGUAACAAGUUCUACAUCUCGAGUGAGCCAGGAAGAAAGGCAAAAUGUUGCCAAUGUGGCGAAAGAGGGAGUUAGGAAGCGUCGUGGUUGGCGUAUGCAGACAUCUCAAACCCCUCUACGUCACCUAUCUCCAAGCAGUCUUCUAGAUUCCAUUUGCUGGUCGAUAUCUGAUCCAACUUCGACUGCUUCUAUUUACAUGGAUUCUUCUAGUGUUGAAGAUACAAACCAACAGAAUACAUCUGUAUUUUUUGAUGCAAAGGACGAUCAAAAAGCAUCUGAAGCUUCAUUUGUGAACCUAUCCCGGACGCUUUCAGAAAGUGAGAAAGCUGAGCUGAUAUUGAAAACCAACUUCCUUACCAUACUGUUUCCAGUUGAUCGAUUUUCUGAAAUGGGUCCAUGUUCGAGGACCUUCUUUAGUGAAAAAGGGUUCACGUGUUUACAGGUGUUGGAUUACAUAUAUGCAUUUUAUCAGGAAAGCAUGUCCAGUGGAGAGGUAGAGGUAGCGAUUCACACAGAUUCAAGGAAUGCUGACCGACUAAGAUCAGUUUAUUCCAGUAAAGAGACUAGCCAGCGUGGUUUUGUAGAAUUCAAGCGAAUAGAAUUUCUUGGUAGCCGUAAAAGUUUUGAAAUGUUGAAGCGUGUUUCUGGUGAUAACAACUGUAACGUCUAUGAGUUAUUAAUCAGAGCAUAAGUUCAUAGGAGGAAACACAGUUGAUUAGGCUGGUUACGUGUACAACUGGCCUUCAAAGUGCAGACUUGGAUAAUGAAGAAGGUAAGUGGAGAUUAAGAAAAGCUGUACAUAUUCAUCAUCAAAAUUCAUUUUUGUAAUGUGAUGUUUCAUAAAUUUGUAAAGAAAAAAAGGUAAACUAACCGUAUGUAUUUUGAUCCUUAGUCGCCGUCUUCUUUUAAUUUGUAGUAUUAUUUCAGGUCCCAUUGACUAUGCUCCAAUUUGUAUUGACACUGGAACAGUUUUCCUGAUCUAAGUGACUGAUGGGAUGUCUUCCCAAUCCUGUUUAAUGGAGUGUAUAACAUUCUAUUUGCAA